CUGAUUGGUGGAGCCUCGGCAGGCGGAAGUCGAAGGCGCUUGGGGAUUCCCCGCGAGGGAAGUUCCAGCUCAUUGUAAAACAUACAAAAUGUUCAUUUGUACGAAAUAGUUCAUUUCCUCCCGUUAAACGCGUAAAUAUACGUGUGGAACCGUCGCGAUGUCCAAACUGCGUUUAAGUGUAUGCGUUUGGGCUGUUUUGGAGUGAAGCUGUUACUGACAGGUCCGGUUGCUGAUCUCACUCCUCUUGAGUUAAAGAAGGGGUUUGUGUGUGCCUGGGACGAGGGCCCGGGACCACCCGUUCGGAAUGUUACUGAAGGCCCCGGAAUGGACAGGAACAUCAGUGAGCAGCUCAACAAAGCCUUCGAAGCGUACCGUAAUGCAUCUAUUGAAAAAGAGUUGGCCAGAAAGGAACUUCAGCAUAAGACCGAGCAGUAUCAACGGCACACUCAGCAGCUGGAGAGACAGAUAGAGGAGCAGGCCAAGACCAUCUUAAAUCUCAAAGCUGAGCUCAGCUCGCUCCGUAAACAUGCACCAGAGGAGGUCUGUGAGCCUGCGUACAGAAAACAGGAAGUAGAAACCUUGUCACCUAGCGAUCAUCGCUCUGACAACCCAUCCAGUUCCCACAGGACUAACCAUUUCCUGAUAAACGAACCCACAGAGUAUUCUGGGAUUCUUCCUCGUACAAAAUCUGCUCCCUGUGCAAUGAAGAGUGAGAAUUUUCUGGACACUUGGCAGGAAAUCCAGGGGACUUUCCAGAGGAUUCAGACUCUAACCAGAAGGCAGAAAGAUCACCUGAAGAGAAUACACAAAGGAAACGAGACCUCUAAUGUGCAGUUUUCCAUGCCCAUCCAGUGCACAGACGACACGGCGGAACAAGCCGAGGUGCCCUUUUCCUCAGCGCUGAGGCCAGAGGUCAACGAAUCUUCGACCUCCGCGUCCCUCGCAUCACGCGGCGCCGUUCCAGACGAUGCAAUUUUCGAUUCCCUAAGAGGCCUGAGUGUGAAGUUUCCCCCAAACACAGAUGACGAGUACGACUUUCUCAACAGUACACCGGAUAAACGGGUGGACCUGCCUCUGCACAGGCUGGACAUGGGAGACCAAAUGCACACAAUGAGGGAGGAGUCUUAUUCGUCAUACUCCGCCCCCUCUUCGUCAGCUCACACAUCUGCAUCUUCUGCGUCGCACGAAAAUGUACGAGGACCCCAACAGCUUUUUUGGACUCCAGACCUCCCGGACUUGUCGGCCCAGGCGUCGGGGACAGACGCUCAGCAGAUGAACAGCCGAGAGAAGUGUGCCUUUUGCGAGGAUGAUGUACCCCCAAAUCACAUGUAUAGCCACCUCAAUUCACACUUCAAGAACAAAGCUGGCGAUUGACACACGCGGGCAAGGGGUCGCCCGCCGGACUGAAACGGGCUUUAUUCGUGGCUUUGUUAAGUAGCACGCUACCCGUCUGAACACAUUUGCUCACGUCCGUCAGUGACACGAUGAAGAGAGCGGAACCUUACGCUGUCGUUUAUUUAAUUAGGAGAACUUUAAACGGUUCAUUUUAGAAUGGUUAUGUCUUAAUUAAUCUUUUUAGCUGCAUUUUAGUUGGAAGCAUUCCGAUGACUGGCAGUUUAACUGUAGAAUACUUCCUUUUUAAAGUCAUUUAAUUUGAUAUGGCAACAUCAAAGAUAUCCUCAUCUCAGAGGGUGAGUUGUAAACGCUGUUUAUGAGCUCAGAGAAUUAAACGUCUCACCGGUGUACUUUUAUCUGAAUGCAUCCCAAACUAAAGAACAAGCUCUUAUCUGUGCUAUGCAUAUAUCAAAAUAAAAACAAAAUAUCAAUUUCUGCGGCUACUUCAUAGUGGUACAAAUGUCAGGCAAUCCCAAGCCUUUUACGUAUAUGAAUAUAUAACAUUUGUGAAUGUAUUCACCCUGUUUCAGGCAUAUAAGAACCCAUCAUGGUAAUUAUGCGAUACACAAAUGCUUGUUUUCUCUAGCAAUGGUUUUGUUUGUUGGUUUCUUAAAUUAGAGUAAUUUUUGUGCAUCCUUUCCUCCGAGCUAAAUUCCAAUAUCAUAUUUUUGUAAUAUCUUUUUUUAAAAUGAACACAAUAAAACUACACUGACAUACA